AGCAUGCACCGCGCUGGACGAUGGCUUUCCCGGACCAUAACUCCCGGCAUGCAGCCGAUCCGGGCGGCGGGGCCCUAAACUGGUUUGACGGGCCGAGCGGCGGCAGAGGAUGGAGGCGAUGGUGUUCCUCUUGUCUCUCAUCGACUGUUGCGCGCUCAUCUUCCUCUCCGUGUACUUCAUAAUUACACUGUCUGAUUUAGAAUGUGAUUAUAUUAAUGCUAGAUCAUGUUGCUCAAAAUUGAACAAGUGGGUGAUUCCAGAGUUGGUCGGCCAUACCAUUGUCACUGUGUUAAUGCUUGUUUCAUUGCACUGGUUCAUCUUCCUUCUCAACUUACCUGUUGCCACUUGGAAUAUAUAUCGGUUCAUUAUGGUGCCAAGUGGCAACAUGGGAGUGUUUGAUCCAACAGAAAUACACAAUCGAGGGCAGUUGAAGUCACACAUGAAGGAAGCCAUGAUCAAGCUUGGUUUCUACCUGCUCUGCUUCUUCAUGUAUCUUUACAGUAUGAUUUUAGCUUUGAUAAAUGACUGAAGCUGAGGAAGCCGAGGUUGGAAGUCAGCCUACACUAUACUGCGCAGUUGAGGAGCCAGAGACUACUUAAAUCAUCCUUAGAACAACCGUAACCAUAGCAGUAUAUAUUUUGGGUCUUUGAACAAAAAAAACUAUUUUUGCUGUAUUUUUACCACAUAAAGUAUUUAAAAAAAAAAAUGAAUUGAGUUUUUUGUAGAUUUCUGAUUCUCAACCCCAGCACAUAAAGGUGUUUUGUGCCCCCUGUAUGUGAAGGUGGCUGUUUUUAGGUAUAGAGGUAGGAAUGUAUGCCAGCUUUGCAUGCCAAAGAAAUAAAGGACACACCUAAAACAGAGCCCUUAGUAGAUUAGCUGGGCUGUCUUGAAGUCUGCUGAAAAGCCAGGGCACAGAGCAACAGAGCUAACCUGGACAAAAGAAGAAAGUUAAUAUGUUGUGGCAACUUCAUGUUAAUCUUGUUUAAGCAUUUAUAGGACUGUCAGCUAAGUCUUCCAACAAGAAUAUUAACAGAAAAUGACAUUUCCAAAAUAUAUUUAUUUCUUUGCAGUAUUUGUGAAACCUUAUAAGCCAUGUGCCCAGGUAUAAUGUAAUUUUUUAUCAAGAGCUUUCAUUUUAAAGCUAGUACCUCCACAAUCACCCCCAAACAAUCCCCUUGGCUUUUGACAUUCUUAUUUUUGUAUUAUAAUUGUUCCUUUUGUAUUUGAUCUCUUUGAUAAUAUAUUUUUCUGGAUUUGGAGAGGUGAUUUAGUAGAAGACACUCAUCAGAUUAGAAGCAGGAAACCAGUCAUCCGUGAACUGAGCCUGUUAGCCCUCUCUUGGUGUGGAAUUAAUGGCAUCCCCUUACCUUCUUCACUGACCAUUUUGUUUUUAUGUCUCUUUCUUUGUUUUUGUUGUUUUAGACAGGAUCUUAACUAUGUAGCCCUGGCUGGCCUGGAGUUCACUAUGUAGACCAGGCUGGUCUUGAACUCAAAGAGAUGUGCCUGACUCUGCCUCCAGAGUGCUGGGAUUAAAGGCAUGUGCUACCAUGCCCAGCCCUGCACUGACUACUUUGUGAAUGGGGAAACCCAGUACAAGCCAUUGCAUGCAUAUAGCAAUAUCUAACCACUCUGUUGGAGCUAUUUGUAAAUUCUUGCCUUCCAUGAGAGCAAUUAACUUCUGGAGUUCUGUUUAUGUCUUGCAGUGUAAUGUGAAUCAGGCAAUUCACUCUUAGUCUUACUUUGUACUUUAAUGUUGCUAUCUUAAGCACUGGCAUUUAAGCAAAAUAUGAUUUACUUUGGCAUGACAGAACUGGGUGAUAAAACAAAGUGUGUGGUCCCUCAAAGAUUAAAUGUUGCCUCUUUGGCUCUGGAUCUGUUAGAAGCAAGGAAGCCAGAUUCCAUGAGCUACUGUUUUCUGGGAUGAAAGCAGUUCCCUGGCCACACAUGAAUGGGAAGGUGGAAUGGCAUGCAGAGUAAAUUUGGUUCCCUGUGCCUUCUCUGAAAUCACAGAAAUUUUUUUGUCAUCUUGUAUUUCUGCCUGGCAGAGGGCCAAGCAGCUGUAACACGGAUUUUACUUACUUUUCCCUCUUGGGUACCUUCUGCUUAAAAAGCAAUCUCUUCUCUCCUAACUUCCAAUGCCUCUUAAUAUUGUUCAAGCUUUUUAAACAGUGAAGCAGUUGGAGGAUGUAACUUUGUAGAACUAAGAAACAAACUGUCAUACUUAAAAGCUCCAAGGUAGUAGAAAACUUUGACCAAAAUGUUUCAACUUCUUCAAGUGUUCUUAACCAAAGUUCAAAACAGUAUAGCACGAUUGGGCUGUCAGUUUACAAGCAUCAGGCUUACAUUGUUAAGGCUGAGUAAAUGAGAAAGAUGCCUUGUUUGUAACAAAAGACCAGGAGAUCUGUAUUCUGAAGUAUUAAUUAAAAACUAACUCCUUUCUUGUUUGUAUCAAAGCCAGAAAGGGAAGAGUCAUUCCUCUAGUUUUGGUGGGGGCAGGGACUCUUUACAAAUGGUGAAAAGGGUGGGGGCAUGGUGGCCCAUGCCUUUAAUCCCAGCAGAGGCAGGCGGAUCUUUGUGAGUUCAAGGCCAGCCUGGUCUACAUAGUGAGUUCGAGGACAGCUGGAGCUACAGGGAGACCCUGUCUCAAAAAGACCUAAAAAAACAAAACAAAACAAAAAACAAAUGGUGAAAAGGAAGAAGACCAGCCCUGGCUCUGAAGUAGCUAUUAGAAUGUGGGAGGUUGUGCUUUUUUAUUGACUGGAUAGUUGGUUGCAGAGGGCUUCAGAGAUCAUAGAGAUCAUGUUCUAGCAUUUUUAUCUCAGGUGAGAAGCAGAGGCCUAGGAUUCUCAUCUGGAUAGCAUCUGGAAUCCUGUUCAGUCCCGUGUCCUCCUCCUGUACCCUCCACUUUCCUGUCCCUCUGUAAAGGCCGAGUAUUGAAGACCUGGCCAGUGUAGACUACCAUGGGAUGCUCCUGUGUGCCAUGUCACUUUUCCUUUCUCCUUGUAGCUUUUCUGCAGUAGACGCUGUUGUUAGUCUAGUACCUCAGGUAAGGAGGCAAGAUCCAAGAUGCAGCCCAUUCCUCACCCCUAGCAGGCCCCUUUCCAUGCCUGUUACACAGAUAGCAAUGUAGCAAGAACCCAAUGGUUUCCCCUGACCUGGUCUGACAGUUGGUUAAAGCUGAGAGCUACAAAAGCAUCCCGUGUACUCCUUCUGUGAUACUUGGUGCUUUCCAGUGGUACUGCGUGGUUGAAUUCUCCUGCUAGAUUGUGCGCUCCUGGAGGGCAGAGUCCACUCUGAUCAUGUUUGUGUCUUCUUCCUUUCUCUCCUGGCACCUAACACAGUGCCUUGUACACAAAAACAAUAAAUGGUUGUUGAA